AUGAGUGAGGACCCGUGGGACCUCACAUUCAUGUAUCGUUGUACCCUUGUAGGCCCCAUGUUUCCCCUGCCUGCCCCAUGUUUCCCCUGCCUGCCCCAUGUUUCCCCUGCCUGCCCCAUGUUUCCCCUGCCUGCCCCAUGCUUCCCCUGCCUGCCCCAUGUUUCCCCUGCCUGCCCCAUGUUUCCCCUGCCUGCCCCAUGCCCCAUGUUUCCCCCUUCAGCCCCCGUGUUUCCCCUUGCAGGCCCCCUGUUUUCCCCAUCAUGCCCCCUGUUUCCCCCUGCGAACCCCCUCCUCAUGUUUCCAAGGCUGGGUUAUGAGUGCAUUGCUGCUCACAGCAGCAUGGAAAGUGCUCACCAGCAAAGGAACCACUCAGCCCGCAUACUCUUACUCACCUUCGCUUGUCACAUCCUCUUUUCCCACCCUACCCUUCCCUUCCAAGGUGCCAAGGUGAGUGCAUCGCUGCAAACAGCAGCGUAUGGAGUGCUCACCAACAAGGGAACCUGGUGCCUGACCACACUCUUACUCACCUUUGCCACUCACAUCCUCUUUUCUCUCCCUCCCCUUCCCUUCCAAUAUUGGGUGUGCAUCGCUGCUCACAGCAACGUGAGGAGUGCUCACCAGCAAAGGGACCUCCCUUCCAGAACACUCUUACUCACCUUCGCCACUCACAUCCUCUUUUCCCUCCCUCCCCUUCCCUUCCAAGGCGCCGUGGUGAGUGCAUCGCUGCGAACAACAGUACUGGGCGGUGAGUGCAUCGCUGGUCAUCUUAGCGUGUGGAGCGCUAAGAUCCGACUGGCUUGCCAACUGGGGUCGCUCAAUCGCCUGGUCUCUCUUGACCCGUUGGCCAUUCGGGCUGCUCUCCUCGCUGGUCUGCCCCUUGCUGCCAACCCCGCCUGGUGGGUGCAUUGCACGCUGCACAGGUGA